AGCUGGAGAUGGUGGACCAUCUUGCAAACACCGAGAUCAACAGCCAGCGCAUUGCUGCUGUGGAAAACUGCUUUGGGGCUUCUGGGCAGCCCUUGGCCUUGCCAGGAAGGGUCCUGCUAGGAGAAGGGAUUUUAACCAAAGAAUGCCGCAAGAAACCGAAGCCUCGCAUAUUCUUCCUUUUCAACGACAUCCUCGUCUACGGCAGCAUAGUCAUCAACAAAAGGAAAUACAAUUCCCAGCACAUCAUUCCCCUUGAAGAUGUCACUUUGGAGACGCUGCCAGACACCUUGCAGAUGAAGAACCGUUGGAUGAUUAAAACCUCCAAGAAGUCCUUCGUGGUUUCUGCGGCCUCCCUGACGGAGAGGAAGGAGUGGAUCAGCCAUCUGGAGGAGUGCAUCAGGCACCUGCUGAUGAAGACGGGCCGGCAGCCCUCCACGGAGCACGCUGCUCCCUGGAUCCCAGACAAGGCCACGGACAUCUGCAUGCGCUGCACGCAGACCAAGUUCUCCACGCUCACCCGGAGGCACCACUGCCGCAAGUGCGGCUUCGUCGUCUGCGCAGACUGCUCCAGGCAGAGGUUCCUGAUGCCCAGGCUGUCCCCCAAGCCCCUGAGGGUCUGCAACCUGUGCCACAGGCAGCUGCUGGCAGAAAAGAAGAAGGAGGCAGAGGCAGAUCGGAGGCAGAUGGAGCCAAUCCGCUCUGCCAUCCAGGGCUACGAGCCCUCCAGUGGUGAUGACAGUGACAAGUCUGAUGAUGACAAAGCUGACCAGUGGCCAGGAGACACAGAGUUUUAUACCUCAGAAGUAUCCUGGUCAUCUUUCCAUAGCUGA